AUGUUCUCAGCAAAGUGUGGACUUCUAGUAUUAUCAAGGGCUUCAUCUUCGCUGUCAAAACAACUUCACCAUGAACUGACAUCAAGAACCAUUCCCUUGUCAUAUGAUUAUUUAUAUCCUCAGCAAUCCCAUCUCCUGGAUUUGACAUUGUUGGAAUCGCUCGAAAAUCUAGUCGAUUGCUCAAAUGAAAGCAAAUUGUCGACCACCUUACCCUCGAUUAAGAAUCCGCCUCGGAUGCAGGUAGGUCACCAUCUGGUUUACUUCCCUCCUCAGGUUGCGCUCUCUCAACUACUGCCCGACGGUACCGAUACUCUACAUUUCCCAGGGAGUCCCUUCAACAGUCGAUUGUGGGCAGGUGGACGGGUAAAAUUCCCCUUUCCUACCGGCAUACUUUUGGACGGUCGACGUGCGGCAUGCCUCGAAACAAUUCAGGAUGUGAUAGUGCGCGGCCGGACAGGAGAAGAAAAAGUGAUAGUCAAAAUAGAAAGGCGAAUGGGAACAGUGGAAGAAGGAGAAGAAGAAAUUGAUAUCAGACAAAGACUAUUGAGAGACGAUGAAGAGCAGACUGGCAAUGCCUUGAUUGUGGAAAACAGAGACUUGGUCUUUUUGAGAAAUAAGACUGAAGAUCUAGUUAACCAUGAAAAUGAUCGUUUGGACAGAACUACUAGAAUUUUAAAACCGCCCUCUAAUGCUGAAUUUCGUCACAAAAUCAAGGCCAGCAAAGCUAUGCUAUUUCGCUUCUCAGCUCUCACAUUCAAUGCCCACUCUAUCCACCUUGACAGGGCAUAUACUCAAGGUGUGGAGGGCCAUCGGGACCUUCUUGUCCAUGGGCCAUUGACUCUAGUGCUGCUCCUAUCGACUCUUCGGCGUUAUCUGGCAGGACUUGAGAUUGCUAUCCAAGGGAUCGAGUACCGUAACCUGACCCCGCUCUUUGUUGACGAAAAUUUUGCGGUAUGUGGAAAGCCCAAAUCAGGCGCACUGGCUGGAACCUGGGAUGUCUGGAUCGAGAAUAUGAGCGGAGGCCUUGCCGUUCGAGCAACUGUGCAUACUGCAUUGGUCGAACCGGACAAAACAGUAAAUACAAUACCCUAA